AUGGCUUUAUGUUUACCUCUACUGGUUUUGUGCUGUUUCUUUAGAGUGAGCUUUAGUGAGAGUUUUCCUGAAUGGUUCAGCAACAUUUCUGCCAACCUCUUCAGUUUACCUGGGGACAUUAUGCUUGGCGGGCUCUUUCCCAUUAACGACCUCAACAGCAACGUCAGUGACAUAACAGAGCCAAACCAGAUAACCUGUGACAGAGUAAAUGAUCUUGGACUGGGACUUGCAAUAGCCAUGAAAUACGCAGUGGAUGAAAUCAACGGAAACCAGACUCUCCUCCCUGGCAUCAAGUUAGGUUAUGAAAUCUAUGACACAUGCAGCCAGUCGGCCAUUAUUGUAAAGCCCACUCUGUCCUUCCUCACUGAAAAAUCCAGCAAAGAACUAUCUGUGCGGUGUGUUAUCAGGAGUAAUUUAACAGCUGUAUGGAUUGGCACCACAAGCUGGGCCAUCGAUGCUCAAGUGACUUCUCUGCCUGACAUUGAAACAGUUGGUACAAUCAUUGCAUUCAUUGACAAAACAGACACCCUCGGCCUGUUCACCGAUUAUGCAAUGGAGCUUUUCAAGAAACUCAGUGAAGAGCGGACAAAGACAUCCACUCCAGCCACAAAUCUUUACAAUACUAACAAUCCCUGCCCACAAUGCUGGAACUUGUCACCAGAUAAUAUUACCCUGGUAGAAGCACCUGCAGUGCAGAAAUCAGCUUUCAGUGUGUAUGCCGCUGUCUAUAGUGUAGCACAGGCACUGCAUAACCUGCUGGAGUGCAAUUUAACUGCCUGUCAGUGGGGAUCUAGAAGCAAAAUCUAUCCCUGGAAGCUGUUGGAAGCUUUAAGGAAGACUUCUAUUAACAUAAAUAGCACACAUCUGGAAUUCGACCAAUAUGGCAACCCGAACAUAGGAUACGAUGUCAUUCAGUGGGUCUGGACAAACUCAUCUCAAGUGGAUAUCAGAACUGUGGGAGAAUAUUCUGAGCAAGAACUGCACAUCUCCAAGAACCACUUUGAAUGGCAUACAGCAGAGGUUCCUACAUCCACUUGUUCAGCAAAUUGUGGUAAAGGCCAGGUCCACAGAGUCAAAGGCUUCCAUUCCUGCUGCUUUGACUGUAUUGACUGUUUGGCAGGCACCUACCAGGCAAAUAAGGACGACACCCAGUGUACUAAGUGUCCCGACCGUCAGUGGUCCCAGCAUCGCAGCACAAACUGCACUGACCCCAUCUUUAAGUUUUAUGAGUGGCACAGCCAGGAUGCUGUGAUAAUGAUGCUAGUUGGUACGCUCCUGCUGAUAUGUCAGGGGUCAGUGGGUGUCAUGUUCCUGAUGCACCGAGGAACCCCCCUGGUAACGGCCUCGGGGGGUCCCUUCAGUUUUGUGGCUGUGUUCGGCCUGAUGGGAGCAUGUCUCAGUCUGCUGCUUUUCCUGGGGGCGCCAGGGGAUGUGGUGUGUCGUCUUCAGCUGCCUUUCACCUCCAUUUUCCAGACGCUCACCCUCUCCAUUAUCCUUUUAUUCUCACUACAGAUACUCUAUGUGACAGAGUUCCCAGAGAUGGCUGCCUCUCACCUGCAUUUGUUAAGAGGCCCUGUGAGCUGGCUGUUUGUGCUGAUCUGCUGCGCUGUGCAGGCUGGUUUCUGUGGCUGGUUUGUUCAAGAAGGACCUUCAUUGUCUGGAUAUGUGGCAAAUAUGACAAUAGACUUUGUAGAAUCAUUCCUCUCGUGUCCUGUUUCACCUUUGAUUGGAUUUGCCUUAAUGCAGGGUUUCAAUGGUGUAAUGGCCCUUGCAUCCUUCAUGUGCACCUUCAUGGCAGUGAAGCCUCUUCAUCAGUAUAACUUAGCCAGAGACAUCACCUUUUCCACCCUGACCUACUGUGUCAUUUGGGUGAUCUUUAUUCCAAUCUACAUAGGAAACAAUAGUUCAGCUAACAAGAACAGGUCAGUUGUCCAUGUUUAUUUCAGCCUGGCAAGCAACUUUGGACUGUUGGCAGCCUACUACUUUCCAAAAUGCUAUUUGUUGUUAAGGAAGCCUGACUUAAACACACCAAAGUACUUCUGUACCUUCUUAGAGGGCGUCCCACCAACUCAAACAGAAGAGGAGCCACAGCCAAAAGCACAGGAAGGACAAUAA